CCGACAAUCAAUUUUUUAAAAACAUCUUCUAAUUCUAAAUUUCAGACAAAAAAAAAUAAAAAGACAACAAUUGAAUCGUUCAUCGACUGUAUCGACUCUGCUGCUUUCCAGAAUCUGAGACGAAGUUAUUGUACCAAAGAUUUAAUAGUAUGGAUCCGAUGAAAGAGAAGAGUAUUGGAUACAUGAAAACACAGAUCUUGCUGUACUCGGCCGUUUUGGAGAGCAGAUGAAGAUGGCGUGAAAUGUGACAGAAGAUGAAAAUCAGAUCUGCAAGGUGUGGGGAUGCCUCCAGAGAUAUGUAAAACGUGUAUAUCACAACUUCAAAGGAAAGACCAAGAGUUGUUAUUCAGGAAGUGCAAUAGCACCUAAACAACAAAAGAUAAGUUUACUUGCUCAAUAUCAUUGUUAAUAUAGUUUCAAUUUUUAAAAACUUCAUGGUUCCAAUCUUUAUUAAUUUAUAUAUUAUAUAUAUCAGAUGGUUAAAAUUAGUUAUAUUCUUUUACAGUGGUUAUGAAGAUGAUACCGAGUUUAUGAAGAUAAUGGAAUAGCUUUGAAAUUAUAAAAAGAAGCACACAUGGGUUUGUAUAUGGGAUAGACAACAAAAUGGAGAUAAGGAGCAUAACGGUUCUGAGAUGAGGAAUCACUAUGGAACAUCUAUUACGUAAAUUAAAAGGGCGUAGCUUCGUAGCAGAAGUGGUAUCUGGAACCUCAAUAAUCUCUUCUCCUGAUCGCUUAGAAGGAGUGGCCAUCUUGACAGAGCUUUCAUCACUCUCCGAUUUUUGCAAAACGGAUGAGACAAACAACCACUCCAAACUGUGCUUCCUCUCUGUGAGAUUCCAUCUCCUCAGCAAACUUCCCCCACAAACAACAUGGUAUGGAGCACUUUGGCUUCGAUCAACCAAGCUGUCUUCCAUGGUCGAAUCUCAUCAAGGAUGUGUGGAAGAAGACAUUUAUAUAAGGAGAACGGGAGUUACAUGUUAGUAAUGCAAUUAAGGUAUGUAAUGAUAAAUCUAUACUAUUAGAAAUGAAUUAGGUAUGGAACUGAUUCUGGAUAGUUAGGAUAUUGGGGAAUAAUUGUUGAUUGAUAUUAACUUUUUUUGGAAAUUAUUUUGUUCAUUCUUAUAUAAUAAAACCAAUUUUAUUAGAAUCAUAGAAUAAAGAUAAAAACCCAGGACAAAAAGCAUCCCGUAAAAUAAAAACCCAUAAAAGAAGCAA